CUUGCUUGCACGCGCAUCGUCGACCAUCCCCGACACCUAGCGAAGCUACCAUGAAGAAGGCCUUCCAAGACAAUGCGCGCAUGAUGUUCCUAGGCCCGCCUGGCGUCGGGAAAGGCACAUAUGCCUCACGCAUCGCUCCCAAGUUGGACAUCCCCACCAUUUCCACGGGCGACUUGGUGCGCGCCGAAAUCAAGCGGGACUCUGCUUUGGGCAAGCAGAUCAAGGAAUUUAGCUCCACGGGCAAAUUGGUCCCUGAUGACAUCAUCCUGACCAUGAUUCGUGCGCGCCUGCAGGAACACGAUGCCAAGCGCGGGUACAUUCUGGAUGGCUUUCCUCGCAAUGCCAGCCAGGCCAUCGAGUUCGAUAAGAUCGACACGCUCGACUUGGUCGUGAACUUUGACCUGCCCGAGUGGGUACUGCUGGAGAAGAUCAGCGGCCGACGCAUGUGUGCGUCGUGUGGCACGGGAUACAACGUCGCCAAUAUCAACCGCGGGGAAUACGUGAUGCCCCCGUUGCUUCCCAAGGUGGAUGGUGUGUGUGACAAGUGUGGCAGUGCCCAGCUCGUACAACGACCCGACGACGCUGUGGACGUCGUGCGACAUCGGUUGCAAGUGUACGCAAACGAGACGGAGCCACUGAUUGCGUACUACGAAGCCAAAGGGGUGCUCAAAAACUUCCAUGUGACCAAGGGCCUGGCCGACUUGGAUCGAUUGAUGCAAUUGUUGCUCUCGGGCGUGGACUCUAUCGAAAGCAAACUGUAGCUUUCAACAUAUUACAGAGUGUUUGUAGGGAGUACUAGGAGUUUAUACUACGAAUAUACCAACGUUCCAUGA